AUGAAACCCCUCGGCGUGAUAGCUGAACGCCUACAAGACCCGAUCCCACUCAUCGGAUUCGACGGCAGGCCAGCGGACCCCGUCACCCACGUUACCCAUCUGACGCUGACGAUCCAAGGUUUUCGCCAGGUCAGUGCGCAGUUUAUGAUCACUGGACUAGGCCAUCGUCAAGCGAUUAUUGGACGGCCGUGGUUUGAAGAGACAGGAGCCCUCCUGGAUUGCAAGAACCGGAGGAUUAUCAUGCCCGAUGAACCAUCGUUGACAGACAUUGUAAAGACGGGACUUGAGCAGAAGAUCCCAUUACAAAUAUUGAGACCUCCUCUGUCGGAGAGUCACCAGGCUGAUGCAGAUCGCCUAACUCACACGAAGAGGAUUCGACAAGGAAGAUGA